CUUUGAAGCACAGGUUAUGGAUAACUUCCGCGUGACAGAUAAAGUACUUCCAACCCUGCACUAAAGGUAACUUCCAUGAUGGAUGAAAAGCAGGGUUGAUUACGGGCCCAGAAUAGAUGCCAGGCUAGAUAGAUACGAAUCCUGGAAGACGCACAUUAGUUCGACAACACGAACGAAAGUAUGUUAUCAUCGCCGAUUUUGUUAGCAUUGUUUUUGGAAUGGGGUAAACAACUUACAGCUGGCCAAAACCAGACGCCCUAAAUAAGCCGCCUCCAAUGCAAAUGACAAUUUUUCUGGGCCGUUCGAUAUUGGAAUGCGCAGAUCCGAGCCAGCGCAGGUGCAUAUCAAUGAGCUUCGUCGGAUAUUGUGCGACGAACUUCACGCGCAGGUCAAUUCUUGUCUUCCAUAACCGAUGCAAAAAGAGGGAGUGGUGCAGAUGCACGCCGCGGGCCUUGAUUCAAGCUUACUGUAACGUUGGCCUCACCGAGAGUCGAUACAUGGAGUCCCCACCUCUUUCGUAUUAUGUUUGCGCGAAUGCAAGACCCCGCCUCUUUUGUAUUAUGUUUGGUGCGCGAACGCAACCCCAUGUAUUAUUGAUUUAUGGUGCCCAGUAUUAUGUGCGUCUUCAGCCUCCUGCCUCAAAACGGUCAGUUCUUCUCUGGACUAUGGGCAUAAACAGCAGUGCUUUUGAUGCCUUUAAUGAACACAGUCGGCGACCAACGUACUUCAGCAAACAAGUCUCCAUGUUCCUGUGACCACAGUGAAGUUGGUCCUGCCAGGUGUUACGGCUACCUAUCCUAUCACUACUCUAUUUCGUUGCCCCCGACUGUCUAUUCGGUUCGUCGAUCAAGCUGUGAUUCACGAUUUGUUACAAAUUGUUGUCUCACAA